CAUCAUAACAAUCGUGACGAUCAUAAAGUUUUGUUAUCUUUCCCAUAUUCACUUUCCGUUCAGAUCAGUCGAUAAAGUCUUAUUCAUAGUGAUAACAUCAUUGUGUGAGAUUGGUGUGAUAGACAGACAGCCGUUAUAAAUAAAUUAUUCGGAGAAGUUAGACAGGAACUAGUGGAAUUUUGUUGGUGAUUCUAUUAGUGAAUGAAUUUCACUUCAAUGGGAUUUGUAAAUUCAUUGACUUUAUCUUAACAAUAUCAGAAGAUCGGAAGAAACAAUUGAGGUGACUUUAUACGCAUAGUGUGUAUACGGUGAUCUGGAAAACCCUGCAUGAAGCAAUAAAAUAAAUAUUGGAACGAGCGGGAGAUAAAUGACUCGUUGAACUCUUUUUUUUCGUUCAAUAAUGUAUAAGAUGUGAGUGUGUGCCGAUGUGUUCGUGUUGUUUAGUCUAGUUUCUUGGAGCGAUUUUUUUUGGAAAUGGGAAAAUUACCUCGAAUAACGAAUUUUGUGCGUAAAAUUGUACCUCCUCACAAUCAACAAAAUGAAUGCAAUAAUCGUUCAAACCUUAUACCCGUCCGGUUUAUCAUUCUUCUGGUCGUGAUUUUAUCAUGUGCCGUUGACUACAUUACGCGGGUGAACAUCAAUGUGGCUAUCGUAGCAAUGGUCAAAUCUCAUCCUCAUGCACACAACAUAAGUGCAGGAGCGUGUCCAUUUGAAGAAACGAUUACAGAUGUUGCCAAUAAUUCUUCCUCAUUUCCAUCGAUCAUUCACGACGAGACACACAAUGUCGUCAAUCCUAAUCUCACGUACGACUGGUCACCACGAACGCAAGGAAUCGUUCUCGGUUCCUUUUGGUAUUCAUAUAUGUGUAUGCAGGUGCCGUCCGGGCGCAUUGCUGAAGAAUUAGGUGGAAAGUGGAUCGUAGCUGUGUCACUGAUCGGAUCGGCUGUGAUAAAUUUCAUUACACCUCUAGUUACCGGUUCGAUGUUCGUGCUACUCACUAGUCGAGUAGUGCUUGGUGUAUUACAGGGCGGUAUAUUCCCAUCUUGUUAUGCAAUGUUGUACAAAUGGAUGCCACAAAGAGAGCGCUCGUUGGCUCUUGCUUUUAUGGACGUUGGCGCAACAAUUGGUUCUGUUGUUGCUGCUAGUUUUACUGGCUAUCUUUCUGAGCAUGGAUUCGCAGGCGGUUGGCCGUCGGCGUUCUAUAUGUCAGGAUUAAUAGCGUCUGUUACAUUCGUCAUAUGGUUGGCAUAUACACAUUCGGUGCCGGAAGAACAUCCGUCUAUAACAGACACCGAGCUUCGUCUUAUCCAACAAACACGAGGCACUGGCAAAAAUCCGCAUGGCACAGUUCCGACUAAAAUACGUGGACCGCCAGUGCCAUGGCGAGCAAUAUUCACCUCACCUCCAGUAUUAGCUGUCAUCGCUUCCAGAUUUUCAAUAGGCUGGACAUUCUUCACAAUUCUCAGUAAACUUCCCGCUUACCUGAACGAUGUCCUUCACGUAACUCCCACCGAGAACGGUUUGCUGAAUGCAUCCUUGUAUACAGCAUCGAUUCUGUCAUCAGUUAGUGCGGGAUUUCUAUCCGAAAAAUGGAUCCAAGCUGGAUACGUAAGUCGGACAAAAUGUAGAAAGUAUUUCGCAGCAGUUGCAAAUCUCGGUUCGGCUAUAUGUCUGGCAACAGUUCCGAGCGUUGGUUGCAACAAAACCAUUGUGAUAGCCCUUUUCAUUGUCGCCAAUUUUUGUAUGGGAUGCUGCAGCGGUGGCGAUGGUCCCAUACCAUCUGAAAUGACCACAAACUUUCCAGCAACGGUUUUUGCCAUCGCGAAUAUGGUGUCGUGCAGUUCCGGUUUCAUUGCACCAUAUGUGAUUGGUAUGAUUCUCGAAUCAAAUAGUGGCGAUCUGCGAUUUUUGUGGUCGGUCGUAUUUUACUUAUCCGCUGCAUUGGCAGUUUUUGGAUUUAUGGUUUUUGCUGCUUACGGCGAAGCUAGCGUUCAGCAUUGGGAUAAACAGCAAGGAAUGUAUGAAUUGACCGCCGUACCUACCGAAGGAUCAGAUGAUGAAUAUUUUGUUGCCGCAGGCGAGCAUGUGGCUUAAGCUGAGAGUGGAAAGAGUUGUAUUUGUUUAAUUUUAGGCUCCGAUUGUAAACGUGUUCUAGUCGUUAAAAAUGCUUUAGAAAGUACUUUCAAAAUGCCGAGAGCCCACGUGUAUAUCAGCUCCUCAUGGUUUGCUGUUGCAACACAGAUCGAUACGCCUUAGGCAAACGUCUGGAUUGUCAGGGGAUGUUCCUUAUUACAUAGGUUCGUCAGACUACUGAUAUGUACAUGUACUUCCGGCUGAGUAAAAUGUGAUCACGAGGUUAUUGCAUGAAUUUUAACCAGAUUUCCUGAUUAUACUACCUUACGUUGCGUGUUAAUUUAAUGUUAAGCCAAAAAAAAGUUUUAUUUUCACAAUUUAUCAAUAAAUUUAUCUAUCGAAUGUUAUCAAACUAA